CCGAAUCCGAGCAGAGAGUGUCCUCCAUGUCAUCGGGCAGCGAUGAGUUUGACGACCAUUACACGACGUCCAGGAAGUCCAAGAAGGUCGCUGCGACGAAGGCGUUGGCUCCUUCGACUAAGGCAACUCCAACAAAGUCAAAGCCGUCGAAACGACCCAAGCAGGAUGCGGACAACGGGGUCACGUGGGUCCGCGAUGAGGAAGCUCCUUCCUGCCACAUUUGCCUCGUCGGCUUCUCUCUCCUGAAGCGACGGCAUCAUUGCCGUCAAUGCGGCAACGUAAUAUGCUCGACGUGCUCGCACUCCCAUCUGGCAGACAGCAAACCUACCCGCGUAUGCACCGCGUGCAACGACCGCCUGGUCGAUGGCACCGUGGCUCCAGCAGCAUCAUCUUCGCGCCGUCCACCCACUUCCCAGCCCGCUCCUUCGGCUGGUGCCUUGCCAUCAUCCAGUAAAUCCAAAUCGAAGCCGCGACCGAGCGCCGCCGCCCCACCCUCUCGACCACCCACGCAUCGUUUAAACGAUGACAUUGACGACUGGUUCAUGGACGACAACAAGGGCCCCCCGCCUCCAUCUGCUGGCAUGCCACGACCUCCCACAUCCUCGUCCCCUGCGACAACGUCUGCUCGGUCCAAUGAACCCAAAGCCCACAACGCUGCUGCCCCUCCGUCCAAGCCGCUGCGGUUGGCCGACCUUGUGUUUGACGACACCCCCCUCAUCGGGUCGGACGAGGACCUGUCCCCUCUGUCCACUCGACUCGGCGGCGGGAAGCCGUUCAAACCCACGCCGGCCUUUCAUGCGACAGCGUAUACGUCGUCGUCCACAUAUGCAGAUCCGCACGUGCGAAUGAAAUAUGCCAGCGCCAUUGACAUGACAGACGACUUUGACACCAACCAGUCGAGUCGUCCCCCCCGUACUGGCAAUGGGCCCAUGGUAACCUCCAGUUAUACCAACGGGGGCAGCUCCGAUCUCGAAGGGAGUCGACUGAGCGAUGCGUUCUUAACAAAUUACUGUGUGUCGUCGGCUGCGGCGGCCACGUCCCUGCCAAUCACAUCGUCCAGCCUGCGUAGUUCUCUGAGUUAUGCUGGGUCCUCAGAGUUCACCAACGCCAAGUCAGCGACUCCUCCCAUCACGUCAACAGACCAAGGACAUCACGAGGGCGGGGGGUUUGCCGCCGCGAUCCGGCGAUUGUUUCGCGGAAAUCGGGACAAAUCAGUCCCCACCGCGGCACCUCUGGAACCCGCCAGUGCCCCCCCCCCCGUCGCAGCAGCACCAACAGUAAUAUCUACAAUCGGAGCUCGUACAUCGACUAGCUGGGCCCCCAACGAACCACCGCCACGUGCUAGCUAUGUCAACAACCUCCAGCCGCAUCCGUCUAUUCCUGGCACAGCCCCAUCCACCACCGACUAUCGAAACGACCCCACUCCAAGUGGAUUCCAAACCAACAACUUUCGGUUGCCAUACGAUGAUAAUGCCGACGACAACGGCGAUGGUGGUAUCAGGACCGACGAGCCGCUGCCCCCCCCUCUGUGGAUUCGAGGCGGCGACUUCCGUGGCCAUACCACCCAAGGCGAAGCCCCGCGAAUGGAUGGACUCGGGGGACGUGACGAGGUCUCCAUGGUGGUGGCUACGAGAUCCAGACGUGACACGUUCGACGACAUCUUUGAUGGCCCGCGCCAAGUCGUCGUGCCAUCGGUCGUUCUUGCUGCUAAGACUGAACCAAGUCGAGUGCUAGAGGCGGCGGCAACGCGCGACCGUUUUGAAGCGCCUGCCGCCAGGGUACCUCCAUCAGGGCAACAGAGCAACAUGUACGACAACUUUGGCUCCCGUGGCGGCGGCGGCCAAGUGCUUCUAGUCGACAGGUUUGGUGGCACGGAAAGAACGGCGGGACCAAGUCGAGUGAACCAAAGCGAUGACGAUAUAUUUGGCGUGUCUGUGACCACCUCUAAGGAUUACGAGUACGAUCCGGUCACUGGAACGUACGUGGCCCCCGACGCACCGCCGCCACGGCGUCCUCCCCCCGGCCAAGCCACCUUCGCGCCCAACCAUGUUGUGGUGGACAUGACGUCGGCGACUGUGAUUGUGGACAAAUUGACGAGUUUGGAAGCCGAGUUGGCCGAGCUCAAGGCGCUACUUCGCGACCGACGGACUCCACGGCGCAGCAGCAAUGCCGCCAGCAUCUUUGACGAUGAUAAUGACGAUCAUGCUGGGAACUUGGUCGUCCAGAAACCGAAGUCGUCGUCCCGUGUCGCCAAGUCCAAGCCGUCCCAGAGACCACCCAAGACACAAAAACACGACAACGCCGUCGGAACUCGACGAAGAGAUUCGUUUGAAAUGUUGUUUGAAUCUCCAGACAAACUAGAUACGUUGUACGGGAAUGUUGGAGGACGGGGCAACGAGUCGAGCGGCGGCGACGACGACGACGACAAUGAACAGCCGCCGAGACCCGUCAAGAAAGCCGCCGCAUUAAACGAUCGCACCACCAUCCCCCCCCCCCGACGGCGUCCAGAUCGAAGUGUUGACACGGAGGCAGCAGCUGUGACACUGCCCGCCAAACCCAAAAAGAGGAGCGACAGCAUCGACGCUUUGUUUCAAGAUAUGGCCAACAUGGACGACUUGUACUCCAAAGAUAGUCAGUCUACUGGUGGCAAUGAUGAUGAUGAGCGCCGUCAUUCAACGUUCAAAGGGACGGUAAACGAGUCGGUGGAGCAGCCAAGCUACGGCACGUCGAAUCAAUCGACGACCAAACAGUUGUCAUCUCAAGCGUUCGAACGACAAGCGGAUGGCGCACGGAUUCGCCGAGUUGUGAACAUGGACGAUCCAUUUGCAUCCGACCCAGAGGACAACCUAGACGACAACGCGCCGUUGCCGAGUUUGAAACGACUUGGCAAAGGUCGUGUGAACACUGUCAAGACAGCAAGCAAGACCCAAGUGGCUACAGAACGUGAGACCGAAGUGAUGGCUGUGACGGCAGUUGGCGACGGAACCCCCCGCGUCAUGACGGCCGACACGGCUCGACGACAUCCGCGGGAGGAAGCGGAGGGGCCUGCAGCUCCCCCCACGCCCACAUAUGUAGACGUGAUUGAUGCUCUCUUUGAAACCAACGAGAAGAAAGCCCCACACAAACAAAAAUUGUCCAAGCUUGAUAACCCGUUGGCGACUGCUGGCUUGGAAGACAGGGCGUCGGGCGAUAUAAAGGCAGACGAGGAUCGGGGGUUGGUAUUGCGAGCCCCCACCUCGACAUUGACCUACCCCAAUGACAACGCGCCGCCGUCCUUGGUGGUCCCAGGUCGACAGUCCGUACAAGAAACGAUGCAAAGCGCACUGGACAGCCAACUUUACGGUACACAAACGAGGACGGAGUGGCCAACCAACGCCCCGUUCGUUGUGGACGAAGUGGUCGAGCAACGUGCCACAGCUGAGUUUGCACUGACGGCCUCUUUCUCCGACGACGACAAAAAAGAAGAUGAAUACUUGCCGAGUCUCAAGCAUCGGCAAAGUCCUCAUAACGAAGUCAGUGUCGAGAUUCAAUCGAGUAGCGGCAGAAUCGACGUGCAUGACCCCAGCAUUCGAGGGGGGAAACAGAACGAAGACGUUCAGGCGGGUGUGGAUGGCUCGGUGAGGGAACUGUUGGAUGGAGAUUUGCCGGUAUCUGGGGCAUCCACGUAUCCCGAAGGUUCUGUGGUCACCCCACCCACAUAUGUCAUCAAGAAGAGUCUAAACUCGACGGAUAUCUUGACCAGUGAAAUCAGCGACGACGUUCCAAGCACAUCAGGCGACCAGAUCGAAACGAUGUCACAUGUCCCGCGUGGUUCAUUCGACCAGCCACCAGCAUACAAAUCAAUGAGCUCGGACUUGGUUGAGGCGAAAACACAGUCACAUCAAGCUCCGUUGCCACCCCCUUCUCGACCAGACAGUGUUCCUUCGUCCACGCCCAAGUUCCCUUUGGAUGGUGAUGACCGCCCCCCAUCUGGUUCUAUCGACGCUGAAGUAGACGAUCUGUUUGCUGUGAAACCAAACAAGAAAAAACCAGCCAAGUCCGUGGCUCCUCUGCCUGUGGGUAAACAGCGGCACACUGCACCAGUGGACGUCGAUGGCACGAUCACGUUGGGCUUGACGGUAACUAGUAUUACUAUUGGUCCUACUACCGCUCUGUCACAUCCUGGCAGCGCCGACGACCAACUCGAUCCACUACUAUCAGCUGUUGGUGUUAACGAUGAUGAUGCCACGUGGCACGCUCUGCAGGAAGAACAGAAACAACGCAAGCACAACGCGUUGCGACGCCAGCGUCAAUUGCAAAAGCAAAAGGCCAACCCAAUAACUAGUACUACUACUAGUGCCAAAAAGUCAGCCCCCCGGAAACCGUCCAAGAAACCGCCGACGACGAGUAGUAGUAGUAGUAGUACUAUUAAUACUGUAGACGACUAAUACUACUAUACCAUUUUAAAUAGAUACUACUUGCA